UCCGCCUGGGCAGUAACUGAGCAGCUCCGGACCUUAGUCACAUUGAGCCUAAGGAGACUAGUUAGGGUUAGGGUUUUAUCGGGAUUGUUCCUGACCUGCACUGGAUUUUGUCUCUGUUUUCUUUCGUGAUUUGUUGCCGUCGUGGUGAUGGUCCUUGUGAGAAAUCCCUCUGGAUCGGUGGAUUUGUUGUUCCUCAGUCGGGGUUUGGUGUUGCAGCCAUGACGCUGCAGCAGGUGCCUGGAAGGACGGCAAAGGCUUUGAGCGUCGGAGGAGCUCGUGCCACAGCCCUUACGAGAAGGCUGUUGUUGUUGUCGCGUGAGUAUGGAUUCCCCAUCGCUUCGCCCUCGAUGGCGUCGUGCUCCGUUUCGAGAGGUCUGAUGGGGGGAUACAGUAUUGCCAGGGGUAGAGUACUGUCCCAAUUGAGUGAGGUGGUACCCUCAUCGUCGUCAUCCUCUGCAUUGAGUGUUUGUAAUUUCUCAAAUAGACCAGGGGAGUCGGAAGAAUCGCAAUCGAAAUUUUCUCAGAAUCCCUCUUCUUCGUUUCCCGCAAGUGUUCCGUCUCCGCAGGUUGUGAUUAAAAAAGUUAGUGACGCUUUUCGGAAUGCUGCGUCAUCUACUGGAGAUGUUAUGCACAGGAUGAGGGAAGCCAAACUUGUGGAUUCUGUUAGAACAGGGUAUACGUUUCUGAAAGAGGAGAUGAACAGGACAUCCCCUCAGAGAAAACCCAAAUAUUCUGCGCCAGACGAUUCUGCUGUGCGUGACAUUCCUCCUGUGAAUACCACCGUCAACUCUAUAGUCCCGGUUGUCAAGAAGACAACUGGGUGGGAGAAAAGAUGGGAGGAUCUUAAAAAGAAGGCCAAGUCGCACCCAGCCUUCAAACGAUUCAAGACGGUCACGGGUCAUCCGGUGGUCACCAAGGGUCAAGAACUGGCGGAGGACAUAAGAGAAAGAUGGGAGACUAGUGACAGUCCUGUAGUUCACAGAAUUCAAGAUAUGAAUGAGUCUCUUUUUGGUGAAACUGCGACCGCAGUAGCUAUGCGGGAGAUCCGUCGUCAUGACCCGUCAUUUACAUUUUCAGACUUCCUUGCUGAGAUGCAAGAAGAGAUACGUCCUACACUUCGAGCUUAUCUCAAGGGUGAUGUACCCACUUUGAAAAAAAAGUGUUGUAGGGAGGUACUGGAGCGUUGUCAAGCAGAGAGAAGUGCAUUGGAGAGUCAAGGCAUCUUCUUGAGUAAUGAGAUUUUACAUAUAUCAGACAUUGAAAUAAAGGAGACAAAGUUGUUGGGGAAUUCUCCUAUCAUAAUAAUUAAUUUCCAAACUCAGCAAAUUCAUUGCGCUCGGGACAAAGCUGGGAAUAUUAUUGAGGGAGCUCGAGAUGAUAUCCACACAGUGUUUUAUGCCUGGGCCAUGCAACAAGAGAGUCCCGAGGAGACAAGUCAUGGUGAGUUUCAGACGCGGUGGAAACUGAGAGAAAUGCAGCAAGCCGGCAUUCAGGCUCUCAUCUAAAUGACGGAGAUGCACACGAGUUGUCCUUUUCUUAGUUUAUAUGUUCUUUGAUUGGGCUGUAUUUCAUCCCUUGAAGAACAAACUCGUUUCCAUGUUCUGAAGUACAAUCACGGAUCGACACUGGCGAGGCCGGUGCAAAAAUGUGCUUUUUGCACUGAAAUAAGUGGUUGUGACAUUUCUGCGUGGGGUUUGUUAGAGUACCUCAUGGGCAGGAAGUUCUCUCGAGGAUCUCCCUAGAAGUUUCUCAGCAGCAAACAACCACUUUGCAAGGCACUUUGCAACUUUAAGUCCAGGAGAUUGCAAAUUUUUUCAGAAUAGAAACAUGGAAUUACUGAAGUUUCCCGCCCAGCAAGAGUGUUAAUGCUACACUUCUCGCGAGAGAGGUUUCACCUGCUACGGCUGGUUCCCUUCCUAGUACUUAGUAGAGUUGCAAAUCAAGAAAAUCCUUACACACAGGCUGUCCUUUUCAUUGUUUACCCUGAAAUGCGCAUAGGGGUUUACCGAUCCUUAACGGGCUGAAUAAACUCACCCAUUUUUCGGAAUGUCUUCUUGACAUUGCCUUUCAAA